AUGGACAACAACAUCAACAGGAACAACAACAACAUCAACAACAACAACAUCAACAGGAACAACAACAACAUCAACAACAACAACAACGGCGUCAACAAGAACAACAAAAAUCAACAAAAUUACUAUUACUACUUUCGCUACUACUGCUGCUACAUAAAAGCUCUUUCCAUGUUGACUAUAACCAGAGAGCAAGUAGAAGAGCAAGCCAGCACAUCCCACAUCAACGUCAUCAAUGGCAACAACAAUGGUGGCAGUGGGGGCCAAUCAUCCGGAUUAGGUAUUCCGUGCGAGUGCCACGCGUGGCAUUACGUUCCCAACCGCCACCACCAGCCCAUCACUACUACAAGAAGUAAAGUCGGAGUUGUGUAUGCCGCGAACAUCCGCAAAAGAUUUGAAGGGGAGCCAUUUAGUACCUCAGGCGAAAUCGGGUCAUCGGCCGUCCUACAUUGUCUGCCUCCCAUUGGCCAACCGACUCCGAAGGUAUACUGGAUCAAAGAUGGCGUCGAUUUGGAUAUUGAUUCCGAUACGAACCUCAUCCAAACCAGCGAGGGCAGUCUCAUCAUCAGUCAGUUACGUAUCCAUGACAACGGGAACUACACGUGCGCAGCGUACAAUAUGGCGGGAAAGAGGUUGAGUGACGUUGCAACGCUAAGGGUCAUAGUGAAUGGCGGUUGGACAGCCUGGUCAUCCUGGUCCGAAUGCUUGGAAUGUUCUCAACAUCGUCAUCAGCACUACCAGAGAAGGUCAAGGACUUGCGCAAACCCCCAACCACAAAAUGGCGGGAAUUUUUGCAAGGGUGAAAAGCAGCAGAAGCAGCCCUGUCAAAUCAGCUGUCCGGACGGCUCGUGGUCCCAGUGGUCGGGUUGGUCGGCAUGUUCGAACGAAUGUAAACAACAUCGGUCAAGGUCAUGCAGUGGGGACGAGGACGACGACGAUGAUGCUGCUAUAAAUAGAAACAACAAUGAUGGUGAUGAUUACGAUGGUGAUGGUGAUGAUGAUGGUGGUGGAGUCGUCGGGAGGGGAUGCGUGGGAGAGAGAGUUGAAGUUGUCGACUGUCCGAGGCCAUUGUGCAAAGACGUUCAAGAUGACUUAAAUGAUGUAUUUUGA